AUGCAAAUCCUCCACUUCUUCAGGCCCAUGUUUCCACCAUUUACUAGCUACACACAGUUCUAUGCUGGUCUGAUCGUCUGGUGCGAUCCGUCCAGCUACGAUGCGGAAAUCUCAACAUUACCCACUGGAGAGGAGUACGACCGUCGAACAGCGCGCGCGCCGAAGCCUUGUCUCGUCGUCGCUGUCGAUCACGAACAAGGCAUGUUGCAAGUCGCUCGAAUGAACGCAUCCACGCCAAGGGAUACGCGCAAGUGGGUUCGGCUCGAUUCUCCGCCAGCCAUCACCUGGAGGGUUUCCGACGGCUGGAUAUGGGUCGGCAAGCCAGGCAUGACAAAGAUGAUUCUCAACGACUCCAGACUAAUGCACCCGCACAGGGACACAUCGUUUAGCAUCAAUCCCAUUGCAGCGGCUAACCUGCAAAGUUAUUGGACUCAUCGUCAAAAUUACCUUCGAUGGCGACAGCUUAGUAGCGAUCCAGUUGCUCCUCCAUUGUCAGGAACCUCGAGCCCCGCGCCGUCUAGUUAUCACGACGCGCCUGCGGCACCAGGAACGUUCACCACGCUCUACGCAACAUCGGGACCAAACACGAGCGUGUACGGCAAUCCACACUCAGCCCCCAACGCCGUAUCCUACUACAACACCCUCUCCACCCAGCCUGUUGUGGUCCCCUCUGGGUUCACUGAGAGGCAUUCAAAUUUUCCUGGAGUUUGGAGAAAUCCAAGUACCGGAUGGUUUUGGAGCGCUAGUCGUGGACUAAUGCCUCCGCCAACUUCAAGUUGA